UCUUUCAUAGUCGUUUUCCCCUCCAACCUGUAGUCUGCUAGCACGCUCGAGGUUCACCCUUCCCACCGGUGUUCUAGUCGGAAGAUUGGUCCAUUCUGGUCUGGUCUAGGCUAUACCUUAAAUAUAAACCUAUCUACCGGACCCCUUUCGUCUGCCACUCAGCGCGCAGAACGAGAGAGCGAAGGAAACGAGAGCGAGAAAGAGAGUGAGAGAAAGUGAGAGGAUAGCUUGGAGGGGGGUUAUAUAUAACCAACCAGCAGCCAUGCCCUCGACAACGCUCGCCAAUAACCUCGCGGACGCGGCAGCAGCAGACAACUUCCUUCCGGCCCUCCACCACGCCAUCUCGGGCUCGGCCGGCACGCUCAUCUCGACAUGCGCUCUCUAUCCUCUCUCACUAGUGGUUACCCGCCUUCAACGCCAAAGACAGCAACAGGCUCGUCUGCGUCGAAGGGGGCCGGAACGUCACAGUCUGACGUCUCGGAGGGACGACGACGAAGGUUCUACCACGCCCACGACGGGUCCGGCGCCGGAUCCUUCGUACGCCGGCCUCGCCGAUGCUUUUUCGGGGAUCUGGAAGUCCGGUGGCGGGCUGAAAGCGUUCUAUACUGGCCUGGGUCAAGAUGCAAUCAGAUCUGCUUUGGACUCUUUCCUCUUCUUUCUCUUCUAUGACUGGAUCCUCAGCUCGCGGCCCUCGCGGGGUCGGAGGAGGGGCGGGAAAGGCGGUAGCAGCAGCCACGACUUAGGUGUUUUGGAGGAGCUGGCAAUCGGUGUGGUGGCCGGGGCGUGCUCGAAGUUCUUCUCGACGCCGUUGACGAACCUGGCUUCGCAGAAGGGCAGGGAGGAGAGCUUCCGCGAUAUCAUCGCUGCGAUAAGGAAGGAGAAGGGCAUCACGGGCCUCUGGUCCGGGUACUCGGCCAGCCUGGUGCUGACGCUGAACCCGAGCAUCGCCCUCUUCCUGCAGGGCUUUCUCAAGCGGAAGGCUGUUAAGAAGGAUAACCCCGGUGCCGCGACCUCGUUCCUGCUCGCGGCUAUCAGUAAGGCGAUAGCCACUACGAUCACGUACCCGCUCCAGACGGCCCUCGCUAGAGUCCAGGACGACCUGUCGCCGGCGGCGAGAAGAGGGGGCUGGGAGGAGGUCGUUAGGGAGCUCGAGGCGAAACAUGAGGCUGAGAGGGCCGCGGCGGAAGCUGCUGCUAGGGAACACGACGACGAUGCUGUUUCGCCGAAGUCGCAGUCCCCGCCGAUUAUCAAGAUGAAUGUCGCGCCUCCUGAACGUAAUUCUACCGACGAGAGUAAGCUCGAGGCACAGGCUUUGCGCGCGGUGAAGAAUUUAGGACGCCAGAGUAUCUUUGCGACGGUGGUGCGGAUCGCGCGGACGGAGGGGAUUGGGGCGUUGUAUGAGGGUCUGCAUCUUGAGUUGCUGACGGCGUUUUUCGGCCAUGGUGUUACGAUGUCCGCGAAGGACGUUGUGCAUCGUUUGCUGUUCCGAUUGUACUUCAUCGCGGCGGGGGUGCUGGCUGAGUUGAAGGCGAGGAGGGCUAGGGCUAUCAACUUGCAGAAGACGCCGAAGAAGCCUGUGGUGAGGAAGGUGACGAAGACGGUUGUUGAGGAGGAGAUUGUUAGGGGCUUGGUUAGACCUACUCCUGCUCCGGCUGCGAGAGCAUUGGAACCACCUGUCCCGGUAGCAGUACCGACACCGAUGCCGAAAGUGGUGGAAGCUCCGAAAGCGCCUACGGUUAUAGUGUCGCCUCCCACGCCAACGCCAUCACCACCAGUAUCUUCGACGCCAUCUAUGCCGCCCGCAACAAUCUCCCCACCCGCUCCUCAACGCACCCUUCCUCCCCCCGCAACCCGACCCGCGCUCCCAGCUCCCACACCACCAACCUCCCUCCCCUCCUCCGCGCGCUCCUCAACCUCAUCCCUCGACCGCUCCUCCCUCCCACCCCCAGCCUACUCAUCAACCCCCUCCCUCACCCCCCGCUCCAGCUACACCUCUCCACCCCCAGCGUACUCCCCCCCAACCCGCGCGACCCUCUCCCCGCAAGCCCCCCCUCCCCCCUCUCAACCACGCACCCAGCUCCGCGCUCUCCGGUACCGCCUCGACAACGAAGACGAAUGGGGGCCGCGCUCGACCUCCCCCUACGCCUCGCUCAUCCCGUCGCCAAAACACUACCAGCAACAAGCUCCCGCGACAACGCUGCCGUACCAACAGGCGCCGAAACGGCGGUCGUUGUCGAAGUUCGAUGAUUUCGUGGUCGGUGUCGUGGCGAAUAUGAUCGACAAGACGCAGCGCGAGAUCAAGCAUUGACUUGGUGCGCAGCGGCAGGUGGGGAGACUGGUGAAGGAGA